UGCGCGCGUCCGAUCCAUUGCACACAUGACAGCGGGGUCCGAGGCGCGAGGCGGCUGGCCAGUGAAUGUCAUGAAGGCCUUGUAAUCGCACUUCAGAUCGGACAAGCUUCCCGUUCAUCCGUUACCCUUUUGCCAUGGCUGAUGUAGACUAUGGGCACUUUGUGGACUGGGACAAGAUGGGAGAUUUGGCUAAGAGCACUGGGCCAAGCAAGUUUGAAUGCAAGGACCCAAGAGAGCUGAAGAACCUUGCCAGGCAAGGCUAUUGGUCUAAGAAUCACAAACUGCGGGCCCAGGUCUACCAGCAGCUAAUAAAAGCCGUCCCCUGCCGGACUGUCACACCUGAUGCAGAGGUGUACCGUGACAUUGUUGUAAGCAUCGUGGGCAAGAAGGCCCCCGCCAGCAUCCCUCUGCCUGAGUUUGUAGAUGGGGUCCCGGUACCCCUGUAUUGCCUGAAGGCAGAUGGCAUUGGGGCAGCACACAAGAUCAUGUCAUGCCUUGCCAGCCAGUUCCCUGACAUCUCUUACUGCCCCACGCUGCCUGCUGUGACGGCAGUGUUGCUGCACUUCUGCUCAGAAGAGGCACAGUGUUUCGAGCAAGUGAGCCGCCUGUUAGCCUGCAAUGAGCCUGGGCGUCGCAUGCUUGACCAAACCUUCCUGGCCUUUGAGUCCUCCUGCAUGACAUUUGGUGACCUGGCCAACAAGUACUGCCCCAGUGCCCACAAGCUGAUAGUGGCUUCAGCCCAGGACGUGCUGGAUGUGUACUCGGACUGGUUGCGCUGGGUGUUCGGCGACCUUCCCUUUGCCCACGUGGCUCGGGUGAUCGAUGUCUUCUUCGUAGAGGGUUACAAAGUCCUGUAUCGUGUGGCCCUGGCCAUCCUCAAGUUCUACCGCAAGCAGAAGGCCGGUCAGACGCUGCCAGCCACUCAGGACUCGGAAAGCGUGCGGGGGGACAUCCAGGUCUUUGUGCAGGGCAUUGCUUCCUGUGUGACCCCCGACAAGCUGCUGGAGAAAGCUUUCUCCAUCCGCCUCUUCAGCCGCAAGGAGAUCACCCUGCUGCAGCUUGCCAACGAGAAGUCCCUACAGCAGAGGGGCAUCACUGUCAAACAGAGGAGGCAGAAUGUGCAUCUAGCAGUGAAUGCCGAGAACUUCUCCUCAGAGAUUGUCAGUGCGAAGGAGAUGCGGGACAUUUGGUCAUGGAUCCCAGAGCGCUUCGCCCUGUGCCAGCCACAGCUACUUUUCACCACUUCUACUCAUGGCUGCAGCCUCAACAGGUUCUACUGUCACUGUGAGGGCCAUGAGCCCACUCUGAUGCUCAUCAAGACCACUGAUAGGGAGGUGUGCGGAGCCUUCCUGUCCACCGACUGGGAGGAGCGGAAGCGGGGUGGAAACAAGCUCAGCUUCUUUGGAACGGGGGAGUGCUUUGUCUUCAGGCUGAAGCCAGAGAUGGAGAGAUAUGAGUGGGUGAUCAUUGGUCACCCAGAAUUGGCUGCCUCCACACAGCCUGAAAGUGAGGAGCCCACCAAGGAUGAGCCACCUGGCAAGACCAUCUCCAACACAAGCACCUUGCCGGCUGGCGAGCCCCCAGCGGACCUCUCCGACCGCCUAUCACCCUUCCUCUCUGCCCGCCACUUCAACCUCAAUUCCAGAAACACCUCCAUGUUCAUGGCUGGGAGUGCUGAGUGCAUCAUUGUGGGUGGAGGUGAUGGAAAUGCCCUGUACAUAGAUGCAGAUCUGAACCGUGGUCGCACAGCACAUUGCACAACCUUCGACAACCCGCCCCUCUGCUCCGAAACAUUCCAGGUGUGCUUGCUGGAGGUCUGGGGCUUCCAGGAUGCCAUGAGUUCUUAACAGCUCCAGGAAGCACAGCCCCAUCCCGACAGGAACCCAAACCUCUGGGGCUGCUCAAAAGGGAUCCAGGGAGGGGGCUCAUAGCGUCCGUGACUUUUUCCUUUUUAAAUUUUUUUUACUCCCUGCCCCCCCCCCCUUACUUAUAAUGUUGUAGUCAAGUGUUGUCUAUUUAUUAAGAAACAAAAACUAAAUUCAGGUGUUGUUUCAUAUCAGCAUAACGUCCAGGUUUUUUUUUUUUUUUUUAUUCACGGUUUUGUCUUGCUCCUUAUCUUCUUUGGAAGAGAACCCCAAAGAUUCACCACCAGUGUUCAGAAGCAUUAUGAAACGCAUCGUGAAGCACUGCUAUAAUUUUUUUUGCACUCAAAUUUCAUGAUCGGUGAUGUCAUAUGUUCUCUCAUAUCACAUACUGUUAGCAUGUUGUUAUUUUUGUAGGAAUUGAUCCACACAUUCAUGAGUUCUAGACUUUAAAGCACUAGUUAGGUAUGUCAGAAGUUGUCUACUCGACCGCCUUGCCCAUGUGAAGUGCAAGAGUUGAGGCCAUUUUAUCAUAUAUUUAUGAAAAUGUAGUAUUUUUCAACAAUCUGAUUAAUCAAAGGCACACUUCUCAGAAUUAAGAGGCAGUAGCUGUAUAUCCUUUGUGUAAGAAGACCUUGUGGAAGUUUGUUGCCAUAUCCAAUGUAUCAAGGAACUAUGCAUAUUUAAUUGUAACAGCGCACACGCCGUCCACAUUUUGUGAAUGUAGAACUAUUGUAAAACAUAUAUAAUUCAGUGUUUAUACAGUAUGUAGAUGUGAUUUGUUGCAUUGAAGGGUCCACUGUGGAGCUGUGAAUAUGUGAAAUGAAGUAAUAUCAGUAUUUGUGUAUAAUGGGGAUUGUGGGAAAGUUGGGAUAGCACAGAUUGAGUUGAGACUGUAGUAACCCUACACUGUAGUGGUCUUAACAUGAUUUAGGGAAAGAUGAACAAAGGCACAACUUGAGCAUAGCAUUAUAUGUGAUAUGUUUUAUGAAUUGUGCAUAAAAUAUCUUAUGAAAACAAAUUCAAAUGUCUAUCAGGGGGGUAUCUGAUCCUAACACCAUAGAUUGUGUUUAGGGUAUUUCUGAUGUCUCCCUGGAGAAAAGAAUUUGAUGUAAAGAUGUGUGUUAAUUUAACCCUUGACCAGAAAGUGGAAAUAAAGGGCUUGUGGGCCUC